UCGCCACGCUCCGCUCUUUCAUAUAUGCGAGAAGAGACAGGAAGCGCCUUCAACACGAGAGCCAACAAGUGAACAGCACACCCACUGCUACUACAGACAGCAUGUUGACGCGCAAGCAACAGUGGCGCCGAGUGAGGGGGCCGAGGUCGUCCGUGGAAACACACCAGCUCGCUGAUAGAGGCGGCGGACAGACCUGCCAGCGUGUCGCGGGGGCGCCGGGUGCGCCCGCACACCCUCGAGCCAUCAACUCUUUGAGCAUCGAUGAUUCUCUGCUCCGUCUGGCUGCGACCGGCCGCCCCGCUGCCAGCGAUGAAGAAGAUGAGCCUGCGGCGGCCGCCACCGCCGCCGCCGCCGCCGCCCCGGCUGUCCCAAGCAGCAGCGUGCGCCCACCUAAGGUUGAUAAAAGUGACGCCUUCUGCGUUGGAAGCAACGUUCGGUUCAACCACCAAGUGAGAGUGGUCUUGGUGCCUUCAAGGAAGGAGCUCCGUCCGCUCAUGGAGGAGCUGUGGUGGGGAACGAACGACUACGUUGAGUUCAGGCGCGAGUUCGUUCAAGCAAUGAGGGAGGCAGCCGCCACCAAGGUGGAAAACAAAGCCAACCAAGAAACACCAUCUGACCAAGAAACACCAUCUGCGUCGGAGAUCCAAGACACAGCCGUCGCCGCUGCCGCAACAGCAUCGGAGGCGACCGAAUUGAUCGCGACCGCGUCGUCUCCACCCGCUUCGGGGGCGCGGGGCAGCAGCGGCAGCAGCAGCAGCAGCAGCGGCGUUGCAGACGACCUGUUGCCUCCUCUCCCACGCUCACCGCCGUCGCCUCUUUCCUCCGCGAGCCUGACGACCCCUCUCCCGCCGUCACGCGGCGCUGCUGGCGCCGCCCCGGCUUGCGCCGUCAAGGUGUCCAACAUGUUCCCGACGGCGGGUGGCCCGGCCGAGGGGCAGGAAGACGGCGGCGGCUGCGACGGCGGGCUUCUCCCGCCGGCAGCCCUGGGGGUUGUGCUCGUCGCCACCUCGAUCCCGCCGGAGGCGCUAACCCUAGCGUCGGCGGCGACGGUGAGGAAGCCGCCGGCCACCGCGGAACGCCGCCGGAAAAAGUCGACGGCGGACGGGGGCCGGCGGGGGCGGAAGAAGGAGGGGACGUCACUGCUGCCGUCCCCGGGGUCGUUUUCAUCCCCGCGGGAUUCGUGGCGCCUAGUGGCCCCGGUGGUGCAGGAGUUGCGCCGGGCGGAGCGCGUCAAGCGGGCGGAGCGCGUCAAGCGGGCGGAGCGCGUCAAGCGGGCGGCGGACUUGAGUUGGGCCCCGAUCGCCGGGCCAUCCACGGCGGCGGCACAGGACGAAGAAGAGGACGGGGGGUACCGCACGCACUCGUUGAGCUCAGCGUCGGAAGAAGGCCGUGAUAACAGCGACGAGGAGAGUGGGUACGGCUGCGGCAGGGACGAGGAGUGCAGGGGGGCGGCCAAGACGAUCACCAAACCUCCUCAGCAGCCGGGGUGCGGCCCCAACUUGUUCUCCCGCGAUGAGCGCACCGUCUGCAUGGCAUGAUGAUGUAUCGGUUCUGUACCCUCACGCCGUCGCUCGAUUCUGCGGUACGGCUGUUUGGGCCUGCAACUCCUUUGAAGCUUGCCUUGCAGAAGAAUGGCGUUUUGGGUUUGCACUCUGCAGAGGAUGAGUAGCGAAGCGAGUUGAUGAUGAUAGGAUCGUUCCCCACGCUCUUCCUGGGUGUCGUGACUUGUGCUAUUCGUUCACCCACAAGGGCAAAUAAGGGGUUGCGGCUGGUGUUUUGUGGAGGAGUAAAUGCGUCGACGCGUGGGUGCUACUGCGGGUAGAAGAGAGUGCUGCGCCCACAACGGAAGGACGUUCAUUUGAUCCAUUACAACAAGAAGGAUGCGUGUUGUAUACAACUCUGGUUGGUUUAUUCUUGUGAGCGUAGGAGUGCUUCUGUGUUUCGGCAGUUCUGAGUGUGUGGUUUUCGUAUGUUGGCUUGUUUUUGACGGGGUUGGGCGUGCACUACACCCUUCUGCCUGGACGGUUGGGUGAUUUUAUGUAUUUUUUGGAACGCGUUGUGUCUCCGUUUCACCAUAUAGACUAGAGCAGAGGAAUACCAGAGAAAAGGCGAAGUCUCUGUUGUUCCAUUUAUAUGUCUGCUGCUUGCAGUCCAUGAGAACAUUCGCACAAUACUUUCUGCUUGCUGCCUGUGUUGUUUUGGGGUACUUUUCAGAGGCACUACAUGCUUUGGGAAGAGGCUUUCGGCACUCAAAAAACAGGGAGGGAAUGCUAGAGGAGCAAACGCUCAGAACUGGCCGAGUACAUGUGAUAUGUCAGACGCUCGUGUGCCUUUUGUUUUUUUCUAACGCUCGGUUUGUUUGCUUCUCAAUGGUCUGGAGGGUCGUGGACGAUCACCCCAACAGUGUGGGACGAGCUCUCGACAUGCGAAGUGGGAUGGAUGGGUGGCUUGGGGUGCUGUUGUUUCGGAGGGAUGAGACAGUUUUUGCGAAGUGUGAAGUUUCAAGCACUGAACCUUGCUGCUGCUGCUGCUGGGGGUGCCUGUCCCGUGUGUAUGUAGCUUGACCUUGUUUGCUGCUUGCAGUCGGCGAGAGCAUGUGUUUGCACAAACCUUCUACUUACUGCAUUUGUCGUUUACAGAGGCGCCAUGCUCUGGAACGACGCCUUCGACACUCGAAACAGGGGGGGGAAACAGGAAGAAAGUGUCAGAACUGGUUGGGUACAUGCACUUACGUGUCUUUUUUUUUCUUCUUGUUCUGACCCUCGAAUUGUGUGCUGCUCCCCGGCCACAAGCGCGGUGGGAAGCCAAUGUUUCGUCGGUUUCCAUUUUAUUUUCAGAGACACCCCGCGUACGUAUACCAAGGUACGAACCGCGCGAAGCGGGAAACGGGAUGCCCGUUUUUCGGGGAGGAUGCUGCUCCUUCGGAGGGUUGAGACAGUUUAUGCGAGUGUAAAGUUUUAUGUGGAAUUUUACGCACUGAAACUUGCUGUUGCUGCUGCUGCGCCUUCAUUUGUCAUGUGUAGCCUUUUGUAGGGAUGGGUCUCAUGUGAAUAGGGUUGCUGGUCUACUGCCUUGAAUACUCUCCAUUGCGUGACGUUGACAAGGGAUUGAAUAUUUCGCCAAUGUGAGGAUGUGUUGUGCGUUACUUGUGGGUUUGCUCUUGAGAUCGUGUUUAGCCUUUAAAGUAUCGCGUAUAGAAGGAGGUGCCGGGGGAGAGGUCAGACCGUUAUCUUGCCGUUGUGGAGACAGGCAGUUGUUGAUACUCCUAGACGUCGAUGGCGGAAGUGACAACGCACAAAUCGAGGUUGCGUAAGAAACGAGCUCUCGAUUGCCGGUGUGUUACUUCGAAGAACUCCGUUGAUGCCAGGAACACAUGCAUGUGUCACCACCCUAGAAUAGAAAGCAGCGAGAGAAGGAAGGGUUGUUGAAUCGAGGGCGCAGUUAAGAAAACAUGGUUUGUCGUUGCGGGGGGCUGGAUACAACGAGGGGUACAACCCGAAUGAAUGGUGCGAUGGACACUUUUUCGGGCAGAGAUCGAUAUCAUUUGCGUGUAUCUGCGUGGUGUAGUCUGUCUUGUCUGCCGCAUACGUUCUACCGCUGACGGCCGCAUGCAUAGUGGUAGAGCGACGCUGAAAAGACCUGCACGCCUAAGUUGAUCGAUUUCAAUGAAUGAAGUUCACUUUGUAUGUAUUUGGGACGACUGCUGGUAGAUUCGAUGAGACCAAGGGAUCAAGAGAAGCAUGAUGUAAUGCUAACCCCGUGCUGUUUUCCGAGGUGACGAAAACGCGAGACACGGGAAGGGAAGAAU